UUGAGUUUCUCACAAACAAGAGUUUCAGACUUUCUGCAUAACCAGGAAGCUCCAGAACGAUGUCGAUGAGGAAAUCUGCGUCUCUGAACAACGGCGAAGCCGUGGAGGGUGAGGUGGCAAAGCGUGGACGCUUUGAUCGCUGCUUCUCCUUCAUGGAGAUUUCAGUAGAACCGGGAAAGGCUGUGAAGGACAUGGAUUCCAGCAAGUUGAAGGCUGAGAUCAAGAGGUGGGCCAAGGCUGUCGUGGCAUAUGCCCGGCAGGUUAGUGGUCGACUUGGUGGCUCUCGUGGCGGUUGAAUUUCAAGCACGUGCGUGCUAAUUGCUGCUAUUGCUUUUUGUAACGAAUAUUUGCUGCGGCUAUCUCUGUUCGAGCAAGACUCUGAAGGGCGCUGCUCCAAAAUCCAAAUUCUUUGUAUAUAUAUAUAAUUAUUCAAUUUAUUCGUUGCCUUCUGGAUUUAUUUUUUAAUUUUUUAAUUUUGUAUUCCUUCUUUUUGCUUUCGGUAUUUAAUUAU